UUCUCUCUCCUUUGCUUACUUUGUGCCUUGUGUACUGGUAGACACUCUAGGUGAGUUUUACAGACAGAGCCGGGUAGGACAUUAAAUUCCACUGCUUUGAUUGCCACAGAAUAGCUCUUUUAUUCUGCCCGAGCGCUCUGUAGACGUGUCUGUGCAAAGAGUGGAGUUGUGUGGCUGCAGGAAUUCCAGGACACAAGGAUUCCACCAGCAGAAAUCACCUCGCUUGUGAACUACCUGUGACUCUCAGACUCUUUCAUUUCCUAUAGGAAUGAAACCCAUGGCACUGGGUGUAAGAGGAACCAAACAUGGCAAUGAGGUCUUUUUCAUUUUAGAUUAGUGGGAGAACACAGUUUGAGGUCACUGCUUCUCCCCUGCUGAAUUUUGGGGCAUCAUGGGGUUGUUGUCAGUGGAGCAGAAUGUCUUGCUGUUUGUGACUGCUCUUUUUGGGAUAUAUCGCUAUUCUGAAGGGGGAUGUUCAGGAAGAUGCUGUCAAGGGACAGAUCUCACCUGUUUUACCACAGACUGGAGGAUGGACAGAGUCUAUGGGACGUGUUAUUGUGAUGAGAGGUGUGUCAAGACUAAAGACUGUUGCUUUGACUACCCAACAGAGUGCCCAGCCCAGCCAUGUGUAGUAAGUGAGUGGAGUGGCUGGAGCGGGUGUGCCCAGCCCUGCCAGCCCUCAUUCCUUGUCCGGAGACGGAGCAUUAAAAGAGAGCCCAGAAACAGCGGCCAGGCCUGUCCAAAGCUGGAGGAACAGGCAGGCUGUAUGGAGUAUCAGAACCACCACGGGCAGUUUUGUGCUCAAACGCAAGGAGCAGCAUUUAUAACCACAAUGGAGUACAGCAAAGGCAGAGUACAUGAUUUGUAUGGGGCCCCGUUGGAUGCUGGAUUCUGUAUGGAGUUCAAGAUGGAGUCUCUGACACCACAGUGCAUGGUGGAGAAUCAACCCUAUACUCGCUGGAUGCAGUACUUGAGGGAAGGCUAUAAUGUCUGUGUGGCCUGUCAACCUCCUGCCAUGAGCAAUCACAGCCGGAGUUGCCAAGGAGACGGUAACCUAUCUGAGAGGGAUGAGCUACUACACUGGCAAGCGGUGGGAAGCCUCCACUGCAGAGGAACAUGGAGGAAAGUACAGAGAUUGGAGCAUUGCUCCUGCCCACAAGUGCACAGCUUCGUUUUCAUUUAAACACACCCAAGGUGACUUAUAGUACUGAACUUCACUUGUCCACAAAAGAACGCCAUUCCCUGUUUCAUGUGUGAAGAAAUGUACAUCACACUUUUGCAUAAAUAUAUUUAAAAUACUUUUGGUUUAUUUUUCUUCAAAUCUCCAGGAGCUGAAUUAAAGGCAAACCUGAGCUCAUUUUCGCCCUCUACUGGAAAAUGUUUCCCAUUAAGAUGCAUUGUAAACCUCAAUGCAUACAGUUUUUAAGUUAUUAUGCAAUACUUUUACUUAAUUUUGAAAAAACAAACAAACAAACAAACACACACAUACACACACACAUAUAUAUAUAUUUGCAACACCAUCCUAUAGACAAAACUUUUUUUACAAUUUAUUUCUAAAUGACGUCACUAAUAUGAAGACAAAUGAAAGCUGAAACAGUACCAAGUAUGUGAAGUGUCUCAUAUUUGUGUGAAAUAUAAAUCGCAAAGCAAAAGUAAAUACAUUUCGUCACUGUACAUAAAACAACUGCCCUCAGAGUGAGGAAUAUACAAUCUUCCAUUUCAACAACUGCACAAGUAUAUGGCACCUGGCAGAUUAUGACAACUUCACAGCAAUACAUUCUACAGGUCCUUAAGUAUUAAAAGUGUAGCCAACAGCAUUUCAGUUGACCUUUCCCAGUUUCUUCAGGGUUCUCCACCUGUCCUUGAGCAUGACAGUGGUCCGGUUCUCAAACUCAAAUUCAAACUCAUUCAGGAUCAUGGCCCACUUCCCCUCCCCGUGCUUCCUCACACCUGCUUUAAGCUCCAUAUCUUCCUUGUAAGUCCACAUCUGAGAGGAGGAAAUGAUGUAUGCUGUUUAUAAAUUCAAAUGCUUCUAUAAUACAUUAUGAGCAGGAUUAUAUGACAUCUGACUUCAGAGUAACUCACCCUCUUGGUUCGGGUUGUCACACUAAUAUCACUUUGUGAUACUGAAGGGACAUUACUCCUCCUGGAAACCCCUGUGUUGCAUAAAAAAUAAAUAAAUGGUUUAUAUAUUAUUGGAAUGAGAAACUUUAAGCAUUCAUUGAGUUGUUAACAUCAUCCGUAAUUCCACCCAUCUGAGAACUUACUGCAAAUGGAGGUUCUCCUGAGCAUGGGUUGCUGGUUUCUGGUUUCCAUGGCUCAUGAAUUUAUUUUGAGAGAAGUUUCUUUUUGGGUCUGUGAGGCAGUAGGCAGAGUCAAUUUCAAUCUUCAAUUUAGUUAUUUUUUUAAAUUUUUUUCCAAAUAAGAAAUGUGCCAGGUUCAAUAUGUGGAUGUUGAGUCUCUUGCUAACAUGUAAAAUGGCUAUACUUUUGAAAUGGAUGCGUUUUUUAUGUUUAUUGCCUUGCUCUGUCUCCUUUCAUUGUAAGAACCUUACUGUAGGCACUUACAAUGCACUUGUGUCUAUAACAUUAGUGACAUAAUGGUGAUUACCACAGAAAAUGUGGUAAUCACCAUUAUGCCACAAAUGUUAUAAACCGAGCUCAAUUUGAAGUGAACCUUGAACAUUCCUUUAAUUUAUUUUCAGUGUAAAAAGCAACUAUGUCAAAGCAAUAUGAGAGACUUUGAGGAAAUUAAAACAUUUACAUUGAGGUCACCUCAAUUUCAUAAUUAUCAGAUUAUUGAUGGUCAUUUUUGUGUCAUUAUGGUGAAUAUGAACCAAGGUUCACAAUCACUCCAGUGAAUGCUUAUCUUUUAAAUCCUGUAGGUAAAAAUAACCUGGUAACACUUUACAAUUUGGUUCCAUUUGCUAACAUUACUUAAUGCAGGGGGCCUGGGUAGCUCAGCGAGUAUUGACGCUGACUACCAACCCUGGAGUCUGGAGUUUGAAUCCAGGGCGUGCUGUGCUAUAUCAGCCAGGUCUCCUA